AUGACCAUCGUUGUCGCCUCAGCGAGUGCCAACUUAUUUUACUUUCUUCUACAGGUAAACCUCUCCUUCAACGUCACGGCAACCAUAAAUACCACUCCGCAACUAAUUCUUGACAUUGAGGACGCUCUAGUGUCUGACGAGAACCCAGCCCGUGAUAAUGGCACUCUCGACUACGAGCGCUGCGCCAGACUACACAAUUACUUAGUAGCGUAUGGUUGGAUGGCUCGUAACGGCAGAGACACACCCGACCUUGAUGCGCUAGCCAGUGAAAGGUGGUUCUUCAAGAAGCCAGAAGAGGACAUAGCAGCCACUCGAAAUCGCCUUAUUACACCGCUUAACUCGUUCUUGAAUUUAAUCUAUGAUCCUAAUCCCGAGUUCUUUUACUGGGUUGACCGUCUUAUGAUGAUGCCCUGUGACGAGUAUAUCGACGACGACAAGAGAUGGAGGAAGGCAAAGAGCGAUUUGUUCUAA